CAUAUGAUGUUCCACAACCUAUUCCUAUCCCAAGACGAAAAUCUUUACCAAGUAUUGUUAAAACUAAACCUGGUGAUUAUAAAAUUGAUGAAACAGCUCGAUCAAGUGAUAAUUUACAAAAAGAAACAUUUAUUAUUGAAAAUGGUAUACGUAAACGUGUUACAGAACAAACAACCACUUAUACAGAAAGUGGAUCACCAAUACCACAACCAACUGUGAUGACGAGCAGUAGUGGUUCACCAACACUUGCUCGUCGUAUUAUUCUCGAAAGUGUUCAACGAGUUGAUGCACCAACAUCAACUACAAGUGGUACCGGUGGAAAUAAACGUGGUAGUAUGCCAACACUUGUUAAUGUUGCUAGAAAACGUCAAGCAGCUCCUAGUAUAUCUAGAGAAGAAGCAACAAUACUCGGUUCUCAACGACGAGAAGAAUUACGACGUCAACGCGAUCGUGAUUCAACAACAAUUGGUCGUCUUAAAACUUUGCUACAGAGAUUAAGACCUGAUUUGCAUGUGCAUGUUUUUCAGUCUAAUACUCCUACUACUGGCUCAGCUAUCACCACCAAUAUGCAUGUAUCUACUCAAGAGACAUCAAUACAAACGGACGAUCGUGAUGGUGGCAUUCAGAAUGUCAUCUACCGAAAUCGAGUAUUCAUUGCCAUUUUCUUUCUAAAUUUAUCCCUUGCUCUUUGGUUCAUUCAAUUGUUGAGAUAA